AUGUUUGUCAGUCGCAGCAAUGACAACAGUCUAUCACCAACAACAGACACCUUCAUUCAGAUACCCAACAAACCGUCACUUUCGAUUGAUGCAUCCGCACGUGCAUCAACCUCACACUUGACAUCGUUCUUAAUUGAAGAGAAUGAGUUCCGAUUGGGGCCGAACGAUGAUCAACAAUGUGGUGUUUGUAUUGCAGACAUGAAUAACUCGGACGAACAUGCUGCAAAACGCAUUUUGGAGGCCAAUCGACGCUACAGUCAAUUUCCUAUUGAAUAUGAGCAGCACUCGAAUCAAUCAUAUCGUCAGGCAUCUACAUCCAAAGGGUUUUCGCCAAUUGAAAGACAAAAAAUCCAACAAGGUACCAAUUCUCAGGGAUCGCGUCCAAGUGCGAUCGUUCGCAAUUCACAAUCUGCAUUGCCCGAAUAUACACACCCACAGAAAGUGCUCAAAUCCGCGUUCAUCGAAGCAGCUCCGAGUGGCAUGCUCAAAAAUUCAUCGAUAGAUGGGUCAAUAGACGAUCGGAAUGAAGGAUUGUAUUCAGCACCACCACCAUCAUCAGUAUUUUCAUCCCACAAGAACAUUGUUGGAUUUGCAUCAUCGCAAACGAAUCUGCUCUUUCCGGAAUCGUUGGAUUACCAUCCAGAUGGUAUACCCGGCUUUUCGACACCAACAACAACACUUGGAAUUGCAUUCAAUUCACUCAGAGUUGACUGUGAGCUUUGGUGUUCCCUUUGGAGCACAUUUCCACCUUACGAGAGCACCUCAACUUCUUUAGUCUGUGUGAUUCAAAUCGCAGAAUUAUAUUGA